CGGCGGUGCCACUGUGAGUCUGCCCCAAAUAUACAGCUAUAAUGUUACGUGGACAAAUUGUCAUUUCAACGAACCGGGUGCGUUUGUGUGCCGUGUGAGCACAAUGGAGAACAAAGUGGAGAUAUAAUGCCCUGUGAGGAGCAGCUCAGGACCACACUGCACUGUGAUGACAAGAAAAAGCUCCGUAGGAAGUUGGCACUGUUACAAAGGGAAUACCUGAGGACAGCGGAGAGACUACAGCGUGCUGAGCGUCUGGACGCAGUGCGGAGACAUGUGAGGAGCAGGAUCAGUCAGCAGGACCAGGACCAGAGAGACCCGAAGGUGACAUCCAGCUUCUGUCUCAGCCCGUCACCAGUGAUACCGAACACCACCAAUGGGACGAACCCAAGCGUCGCUCCGUGCCAGGGACACACCGGACCUCCAGCAGAUUGUGGUGCCUCCAGGAGGAGCCAGGUGAUCCGGUUCCGGCUCCCCUCUGAUGCUGCUUGCCUGGAGACCCUCGAUCCCGGCCAUGACGCAGCUGGAGGUCACAGACCCAGUACUGCCCUGCGCCUCCGGUCUCGACGCAGCCGCCUGCGCUGGGAAAGGAGGAGCGCCGAGGCCAGCAGGAGCACGGACGACAACAGCGAGGAACGACGGGAGCAGAGUGAAAGGAUGGAGACUGCUGGAGCAGAAGGAAGUGAAGACGUAGUCAAAACAGAGGGAACGGAGGUUGCGAAUGAGAGCGAGGAGCUGUUUUCUUGUAACGACUCUGAGUCUCCGUCUCUGCUGCUUACAAGCUGGAACACUUGCGGACAAACGGAAACAGGAGAUGACAAGGGAAAAGAGAAACAAGGACGACAAGAACUGAGGGGAAAAGACACCGAGCUCACAUGUUGGAACGCUGCUGAACACACUGAAGAAAGGGAACAAGAGGGCAUCGAAAAUGGAACAAGACUGGAGACAGAGGGAGGAGAGGAAGGUGAGAAUAGCCGAGCGCAAAGGGAUGGAAGGCUGUGUGAAGACAGCAGUAAUAAAGAUCCUGAAACAAAGGCAGCAGAUCAAAUAGAAAGUGAAAUAAGUCACGUUAACACAGCUGAAAUAAAAGAAGACAACAGUGAGCUGGUUGGAGGAGAGCAUGAUGUAAAAGGUGUUGGUCUCCUGGACUCCUGUACCUUAGUAGAAGGACUACUUUUCCCAGCAGAGUACUACAUCCGAACCACUAGACGGAUGACACUUUCGCAGAGCCAGCCUGACAUGCAGGCCGUCAUACUCUCCCAGCUGAGCAUGGGACGAUGUCGCAGGAGCCGGGGCAGAGGACUGAACAGGCGCGCACACGACCACGAGCGUUCAGAUGAACACACUUCAGCAGGUUUGUCCUCACCGACGUCCGUCGGUCCUCGUAUGGAAUCGCAGUCUGCCGACACAUCUGCCGAGCUGAACAGUCGGAGCUCCAGUGAGAUUUCGGGUCAAAUCGGCACGGAUGCUCAUUUUUCGCCGACGGUCGCCACUGCUCGUCCAGCAAGAGGUCGGAGGAAGAGAAGAGGGAGGGGCAGAGGGAGACCGCAGACCCCACGAGGCCCUCUUAGUUUAGACACGCAUCAACAACUAGGCCUGGGACAAACCUCAGGAGAUCUCCAGGUCUCCUCCUCCCCGUCUCUCCGUGGACCCGAUGGACCAAAGCCCUGCAUCUCUCCGGGAGAAGCUGUCCCGGUGCAGGACGACCCGCAGCCUUCCUCUGGAGUUGAUGCAGCUCCGCUUAGCUCCGCCUCCGGACACAUGAAGAAGGUCUUUCCCAUCUUUCUGAAGAGCAACAAUGGGACUAACGGAUCCAGACAGAUGAGUAGAAGAAGUGCAGCAGGCACAGCAGGCUGGCGAUCUCUCCUCUUGCCCUUCUCCCCACCCGACCCGACACCUCUGCUUCCUCUGCCGACUCGGUACCCCGGCUCGCUGUUCAACAACCUGGUGAACUUUGACAUUCCGCAAGAUUUCCAUCUCCCCGAUGACCAGUUUGCCUCCCUGAAGCUGCGCAAGCUCCGCCAAGUCGCUGUGGAUUCAGGGGUUGAACGUUUCACAUCGCCGUCCUACAACACGCGCAGGUGCAACCGGCGCUCCGACACUCGCCGCCGCCGCAGCAGCAGCAGUGACCCGGCGAUGCCUCCUCCGCUCCCGCUCAGCCUCACGCCCACCAUCUCUAAUUCGCCCCGUCCCACCGAAGCAAAGCGAGCUGCUGCACAGUCCGCAGAUCUGCAGAACGUGUCAAUGGAAUACAAGCUGAUAGAGAAAUUGGCAAGCCAGUGCUCGGCUGAGGAGACACCUCAACGAGUUAUUACAGAAAUCCCCGGAGAGCAGCAGAUUGACAGCCUCCACCCGGCGUGUCAGACGCGCACCACCUCAACAGAAUCGGUGUCAGCGGUUCAUCGUGUCGAUCAAUACAAAGAACAAGCUACUGUUAUUCUGAGUAUGGACCACCCCGUCAACACACAGCUUCACUUCGACUUUGCAAACAGACCUGCUGGCAAAGAGAGUGAUUAUGUUACCGGACCCUCAGACGAACUUCAAGCAAAAGAGUCUUCUGUCAUUUCAUCAGAAGAGCGAACAGAUUGUCCCGGUUUGGUCCACGAGGAUCAGAAAUCUAUUAUCAGGACUCUCUCCUAUGAUUGCCCUCUACAGGAAACCCCCGAGGAGCCUUCUAGCAGCUGCACCGCUGUACAGUUAUGUAACGGCAGCGAAGCUCCGGGGGAGUCUCCUGUGAGAUUUCCUGCUAAAGAUUCAAAGGAAUUCUCCGAACCCACCACGAGUCCUCCCACAGACGGAUCGGUGGAAAAUCUAAAUCCCGUGCGCCACGGAGUCCCGUCCCAGCUCCUGUUGAGUCCUCCUCUGGCACCAGCACCCCCACACCUGCCCUCCUCUGUGCUCCUGUCCAGCCCCAUGCUGCCAUCACUAGGACUCAGCCCCCACCCUCUCCGUGCCGCCCUCCCUCUGAGCUCCUCUCCCUCUGCCCCGGCUCUCACUCUGCCUCCCCCUCACAGCCCGACCACCCGGGCCCUCUCCCCUCCAGCGGACCUCUCUCCUCGUCCGUCGACCCCUCCCGGCCGGCCGACCGCCUCCCCCGCCGGUCAGGUGACGGCUUCGUCCGAGCCGUCGCGUACAGAUGAUCAGUCCCACGGGGUUGAUCCUCCUGACUGCCCGACACACUCCAGCGGCCGGUCGCAGGGAUCAGGUGGGCAGGUGGACACAGCGGAGGAACACACACACACACUGAAGGCCCCAGCAGGAGGCUGUCUGGUGGAUGCGUGCUGUCUGCGCGGCUCCUCAGGUGGUCUGUGUGUCGCAGCAGCCGGAGCGUGGGCCGUGUGUCUCUGGAGUCACACUUCAGCUGCUGAUUGGACGUUAACACACACCUGGGCCUUCAAUAAGCCGGUGAUCAACGUGUUUCCGCUCCCGAAUGCUGCCGGGCUGAUGUGUGUGACUCUGGGUCAGCUGGAAAUCAGAGAAGUGAGGAUGCUGUCGUGCUGCAGCCUCUCACAGGCGCUGCUCUGUGAGGGCGUGGUUCAGGCCGUCGUGGGCGUGUCCAAGUCCAGAGUGGUCACCUCGUCCCACUCGGCCUCUGGUUCCACCCUGCAGGUGUUCACGCCGUCAGACAGCGGCAGCACAUGGAGCUCUCGGCCUCUCGUGUCUCCUGGUGUUCGUGUCGGGGCUCUCGCUCCAGUGGACGGACUUUUAGACGCUCUGAUUGGCUCAAACGAGGGCGGACGCCUCUUCGUCUGGAAUUUAAAGACUGGACAGCUGCUGCGGAGAAUCGUCCUCGGAGACGGUUUAUCCCACAUGGCCUGUCUCAGAGGAUACUCCUCCUCUGGAGUGUUGGUCGUCCUGCUGCAGCAUCAGUCGCUCAGCUCCCUGGAGGACGAAGCAGAAGAGAAGGACGAGGAGAGGAAGAUGGCCGCCCUGUUCUCGCUGGUCGCCAUUAACCCUCUGAGCGGAGCAUCGGUCCUGGCUUCUCGGCUACAUCCGCCCGACGCCUGGUCUGGCAGGCUGUGUGAAGCAGACGUCGGCGGCUCCAGCGUGGUCGGCCUCAGUCAGAGCGGCCGUGUGUGCGUGUGGGAGCUCGGGCUCCGGGGGGCCUCCAGGAUGGUGCGGUCCCCUGAGAGCGAAGGCUGGCAGCUGGCUCGAUGGGGAGAAGGAGGUACGCUGGUGACCGGUCACCACAACGGAGACGUGACUUUACACCGUCACAGUACGGGUCAGACUGCGCAGUAAAGAUCACUUUUAUCAAAUAAAAACAUCUAACUGUCACUGUAUGAAUGUUUACAUGAAGAUUUUAACCUUUUAAAAUACUUCAAAUACUUCACUUAAAGACAUUCCAGCUUCCAUGAAUAGGAGAGUCUCUGUAAUCUACUGCACUACUAAAAUAAAGACAUGUAUAUACUGUAAACUGAGCACAUUCAACAAGUCGGUGGGCCUGCUGGUAUUUAUAAAAUAACAUAAAAGACUGAAUUGUUAAAAAAAUGUCUGCACUGUUUUUAGAGCGUUACUUGAAUACAUUGUUAUACGUCUUAUAUUUCAGGAAAGAGAAGAGUUGCUAAAGUUUGUUUUUAUAAUUGACAUUAAACAUUUUGUGUAUUUCUUGGACUCACUGUGAUUUCAUUUGUUAGUCAGAAAAUGCUUUUUCAUUGUCAACAAUGUGAAUGUAAACACCCAAAUACAGACGUGUACAG